AUGACUUUCUGGGGGUUUGCCAUUAAUUACAUGUUUCGAAUGAAUAUGAAUAUAGUCAUAGUGUCAAUGAUUAAACAUUCAAUACCGAAAACGAAUGUAACGAUUAUACACGAGUGUCUCAUUAACACUGAAUCGUUGAAGUCGAACAAUACUUUUGCACAAAAAUCAUCGGCGGAUCUAAAUGACAAUAAAUUCGAAUGGAAUGAAUAUCAGCAAAAUGUAAUUCUGGGUGCAUUUUUCACAUUGCACGUGUUUAUGCAAAUACCAGGCGGAGUUUUGGCUCAACGAUAUGGUACAAAAACCGUGUUUGGGUUCACCAACGGUGUGGCGGCGAUGUUGUCAUUUGUAAUACCUGCAUCGGCAAAAUUCAACUAUAAAGCACUCGUGGUUGUUAGAGUUGUUCAAGGACUCAUAGCUGGCGGUUCAAGUCGAUUUGUUUCCGCGUAUUUUGGAAGUUCGAUUGGCGUCGCAGUAACAUAUGUCAUGUGUGGAUAUCUCAUCGCCACCUUUGGUUGGGAGAGUGUAUUUUAUGUUAGCGGAGGACUUGGUCUAUUAUGGUAUAUUUGUUGGAAUUUACUAGUCUAUGAUACUCCAGCCAAACAUCCUACGAUCAGUAGUAAAGAAAGAACAUACAUAGAAAAUUGUAUUGUUGAAACCAUACAAACUAGAUCAAAACCGUUACCGAUACCUUGGAAAUCAAUACUUUUAUCUAAAGCUCUGAUGAUUAAUUUAGUGACUCAAACUGGAAGUAUCUGGGGCUUAUCUACACUUGCAACUCAAGCUCCGUCAUAUUUUAACUUUGUCUUAGGUUUAAAUAUAAAACAGACAGGUUUAUGGUCUGGAAUGCCUCACUUCUUUCGAUGGGCGUUUUCUUUUGGAUUUAGUAUGAUAUGCGAUAGUUUAGUGAAAUCUAAAAGAAUGUCUUUGACCAAUGUACGCAAGUUUGCAACAGUGUUUUGUAAUAUUUUACAAGGGUUGUUCAUUUUGGGUCUUUGUUAUUCUGGAUGUAACUCGGUAGUUGCAAUAAUCAUGCUUUUCUGCGCAACUGCUGUAAGCGGCGCAGCAUCUUCUGGGCCACUCGCUUCAGUGGUGGAUAUAGCUCCAAACUAUGCAGGAGUGAUUCUAGGAAUUAUUGGAACUGUUUCUAUGUGUUCAGGAUUUAUUUCACCGAUAAUUGUGGGUUAUUUAACCUUUAAUCAACAAACAUUGGGUCAAUGGUGUAAAGUAUUUCAUUUAUCUGGAGCGAUAUGCAUAUGUUCUGGGUUAAUUUACACAGUUUUUGGAACAUCGGAUAUACAAAAAUGGAAUACAUACGAGGAUCCUGUACUAAAUGAAAAAGAAUUGAAAUUAAUCGUUAAAAAAACCUAA